AUGUUUUGGACAGAACAUGUUAUACUGCAGGAAUUCGAGACGCCAUCCGGAAAUCAUAACGCGAUGCAUCAGUUUGAACUUAAUCCGCCACUCCGUGCUCGUUAUAUUCUGCUUGGUGUCACAGAAUAUGAGCGUAACCCGUGCAUUCGUUUCGAUAUGCAAGGUUGCUUGGCACCACUUUCUGUUGCACAUGAAAUUCCUUCCCACUUACAGGUUCGUAACAUCUUUUGUAGAUUUCUUGAUUCGAACUGA